AUGGCUCUUUCAUCUCGUGUGGCUAUCAUUACAGGCGCUGCUUCGGGUCUGGGCCGGGCAACGGCUGCUAGGUUUGUACAGAACGGAGCUCAUGUGAUUCUAUGUGAUCUUCCGACAAGUGAAGGUGUCAACGUGGCGAAGGAGCUCGGCGUCUCGUGCCGCUUUAGCCCCACUGAUGUGAUGAACGAAGAUGACGUUGCUGCGGCACUAGAUUUGGCUGAAUCUUCCUUUGGUGAGCCUGUGAAUACUGCUGUUAAUUGUGCAGGUAUUGCACUGGCCAUCAAGACACUUAACAAAAAAGGUAUGCAUCAACUCGCGCCGUUUCAGCAAACUAUCAACAUCAACACGGUCGGGUCCUUCAAUGUCGCCCGACUGGCUGCUGAACGCAUGUCGAAAAGGCAAGCAGGAACUGAUGGCGAGCGUGGUGUUAUCAUCAACACAGCUAGCAUCGCUGCAUAUGACGGGCAGAUUGGACAGGCGGCAUAUGCUGCUAGCAAAGGGGCUAUCGUAGGAAUGACGCUUCCUCUUGCCAGAGAUCUAUCCUCGUACGGCAUUCGUGUGAAUACUAUUGCACCAGGUUUAUUCAUGACGCCGCUUUUGGCAGGACUUCCAGAGAAGAUGCAAAAGGAACUUGGUGACAGUGUUCCAUUUCCAAGCCGCCUGGGUAACCCUGACGAGUACGCGCAGUUGGUGCAUGCUAUCAUCGACAACAAGAUGCUAAAUGGUGAAACGAUUCGUCUUGACGGUGCGCUCCGCAUGCCGCCGAAAUAA